AUGCCGUUCGCUCAGCUGGUGGUCGGCCCGCCCGGCGCCGGCAAGUCAACCUACUGCUACGGUAUGCAGCAGUUCAUGGGCGCGAUCGGUCGCAAAGCGUCCAUCGUCAACCUCGACCCCGCCAACGACCUGACCGUCUACGAGCCUGCGGUCGACGUCCGCUCGCUUGUCACACUCGAGGAGAUCAUGAAGGACGACGAGUUGGGGCCUAAUGGCGGAGUGCUGUACGCGCUGGAAGAGGUCGAGCAUAAUAUGGAGUGGUUGAAGGAGGAGUUGGGGCAGUUGGGGGAGGAUUAUGUGCUGUUUGACUGUCCCGGGCAGGUCGAGUUGUUUACGCAUCAUGAGAGUUUGAGGAAGAUCUUCUUUGGGUUGCAGAAGAUGGGAUAUCGCCUCGUAGUCGUUAACCUGAUCGACUCCUAUGCGCUGACGCUACCCUCGCUCUACAUCUCGACGCUCCUUCUCUCCCUACGAACGAUGCUGCAGAUGGAUCUGACGCAGAUCAAUGUCUUGACCAAGAUCGAUAAUCUGCACAAGUUCCCUUCUCUGCCCUUCAACCUCGAUUUCUACACCGAGGUGCAGGACCUCUCGCGCAUCAUUCCUUCGCUGGAGAAAGAGUCGCCGGUCUUUGCGGCGGGGAAGUUCCAGAAGCUGAACGAGGCGGUGGUCGAGUUGGUCGAGGAAUUCGGCCUGGUGUCGUACGAGGUGCUGGCGGUGGAGGACAAGAAGAGUAUGAUGUCUCUACUCCAUACCAUUGACCGGGCGGGCGGAUAUGCUUUUGGUGGUGCCGAGGGUGCCAAUGACACGGUGUGGCAGGUGGCCGUGCGGGAGGGCCUCGGUGCGAUGGAUGUGCGCGAUAUCCAAGAGCGCUGGAUCGACAACAAGGAGGAGUGGGACGAGAAAGAGCGUCUUGAGGCCGAACAGGAGCAGAAGCGCAGAGAGGCUCAGUUCGGCAACGGCGAAAUGAGCGAUGAUCUGCCUUCGGUGCCGCUCGAUAGUGGUGUCAAAAUAAGAAGAUCCAAGCCCUGA